AGGAAUUAAUACGUUGUCGUAAAAUAUUUGCCGGCCAGAAUACUGCUUCCGGUUGAAAUUGCACGUGGUGAAUCAAAACAAAUUUGCUAUGUGAUUUAUCUUCAGUUACGUUGUUUCUCUUGUAAAGCUAAACGACAAUGCCAAGUGCUAGCAAAAUAUUCUCUGGAUAUAGGGCCUUGGGCUAUGUGAGCAAUGACAUUCCACUUGUUGUACGGCAUCACCAAAGGGAAAAAGAAAAUUAUGUGUGCACAAGCGUUGGCAAAUCAUUCCACACAUACAAUUGCUCUAAGCUUGGUAUUGUCAGUGUCAGUGAUGUUCAUCCCACUGAUAUUACCUGCCUAGCAGCUGAUGCCAAACAUGUGUUCUCAGCUUGUGGCAAAACUAUCCAGGCCUUCAAGAAAGGGAGAAAGGCUGUGUGUUCCUAUGAGGGUCAUGAGUGUGAUGUCCAUAUACUUCUGCCUUUUGGGGAACAUCUGAUAUCAGUGGAUGAAGACAGUCACAUCAUUGUCUGGGAUAUUGAAUCACAAGAAAUCUACCUGGAGAUGGAUUUUGAUAACGACUUGUUCAGUGUGACGACUCUGCUCCACCCCAACACCUACCUGAACAAGAUCCUCCUGGGCAGCCAGCAGGGCGUCAUGCAGCUGUGGAACAUCCGCGUUGACAAACUCAUCUACUCCUUCAACAGCUGGAACUCCCCCAUCCUGGUGCUGGAACAGGCUCCAGCAGUGGACAUCGUGGCAUGUGGUCUGGCAGACGGCAGGAUCAUCCUCCACAAUUUCAAGGCGGACGAGAUACUGAUGAAGUUCACUCAGGACUGGGGACCAGUUACUACCAUCUCAUUCAGGACAGAUGGACAGCCAAUAAUGGUGACAGGAAGUGCUGCAGGACAUAUUGCAGUGUGGGAUCUGGAAGACAGGAAGUUAAAGAGUCAGAUCCGAGAUGCUCACUCAUCAUCUGUGACUGGGAUGCGUUGUCUACCGUCAGAACCUCUCAUGAUCACCUCUUCUGCAGACAACACACUUAAGGUAUGGAUAUUUGACCAACCAGAUGGAGGCGGGAGGUUGUUGCGACUGAGAGAAGGACACAAGGCCCCACCAACUCGCAUACGUCACUAUGGCAAAAAUGGUCAAAAUAUUGUCAGCGCAGGUCAAGACAGCCUGGUGUUGUCCUUCUCCACAGUACAUGACAAACACAACAAGAGUAUGGGCCGGGCAUCCUAUAACAAGAAACAGUCCAAGAAAGCUGGUCGUAAACUUGACCAGCACAUGAUGCCCCCCGUCACAGAAUUCACAGCAGAACAAUGUCGGGAGAGCGACUGGGACAACAUGGUGGCGUGUCAUCGAGGGGAGAGGGUCGUGACAACCUGGAGCUACCAGCGUUCUACCAUGGGCAAACACAAGUUUGAGAAUGACAGAUUCCUUGACAACCCUCUAUAUCUGAGAACCACAGCUGAGGCAGUGGAGAUCACACCAUGUGGAAACUUUGCUGUGAUUGGCUACAGCUCAGGUCAUGUUGAUAUGUACAACCUUCAGUCCGGUAUCUUCAGAGGGACAUUCGGGACACCAACAGCACACACCUGUUCUGUGAGGGGUAUCGCUGUGGAUGGACUCAACCAGAUGGUCAUCACAGCAGGAGCAGAUGGACAAGUCCACUUCUGGAAAUUCAAAACAAAAGUUUUGCUAGGCUCCGUGAAACUCAAAUGCAGUAUAUCUCGUAUUCUUUUACACAGAGAAAGUGCCAUGCUGGCGGUAUCUGUAGAUGACUACAGCGUUGUGGUGGUCGACACUGACACAAGACGAGAGGUCCGAGUCUUCAGUGGACACAGCAACAUCAUCACAGACAUGACAUUCAGCCCUGAUGCUCGGUGGUUGGUGACCUCAUCCAUGGACUCCACAGUGAGAUGUUGGGACCUGCCCACUGGCAAAAUGAUCGACUGCUUCUUGGUUGAUUCAGCGGUGACAUCACUGAGCAUGUCUCCGACCAGUGACUUCCUGGCUACGACCCAUGUGGAUGACCUUGGCAUCUAUCUGUGGUCCAACAUGACCUUGUACACAUAUGUGUCACUGAAACCACUCCCCGAAGACUUCGAACCCCAGACGAUGGCGGUACCCAGUACAAGUCGCAGAGUCACAGCAGUUGGUGACGAGGAUGCAGAGGAGUUGGAGAUGUAUGAGAAGUCCGAGUUCAAGUCCCCGGCCCAGAUCUCAGAUGAGUUGGUGACUCUGUCCCUUCUUCCCAACUCCCGAUGGCAGAACCUCCUGAGUCUGGACAUCAUCAAGCUGAGGAAUAAACCAAAACAGCCACCAAAGGUUCCAAAAGCUGCUCCAUUCUUCCUGCCAACUGUACCAGGCCUGCAGCCAAAGUUUGUCCAAUUGGAAGAAGAUGAGGGGAAAACUAAGAAGGGCUCUCGUAUCCUGUCCGGGAACCUGCAGACACUUUCACCCCUGGCUCAGCUACUGGAGGACUCCAGGGACACAGGCAGUUAUUCCCCAGUACUGGAUCAUCUGAAGGAACUGGGCCCAUCAGCAAUUGAUGUGCAGAUUAGCUCACUGGCACCCUCGGGUGGAGGAAACGUGCAAGUGAUGGCUGAAUUCAUGAAAUUCAUCAACCACAGUAUCAAGACCAACAACAACUUUGAGAUUGUGCAGGCAUAUCUGGGACUGUUUCUGAAGCUGAAUGCUGACGUGAUAGCUGAGACACCAGAGCUUGUUGAGGAAGCAGAGAGCCUAGUGACAAGUCACCGAGAAUCAUGGAGGACACUCGAGGACCUCUUCACCCAAUCACUUUGUCUGGUCACCUACCUACGAUCUGCAACCUUAUAACAUUACCUUUGUGUACAUACUUGCAAUAAAAUGUAUAUACUAA